AUGAAGAAAUUAUAUACAGAUGAAGAAGGAAGACCUCCUUAUAAGGAGUUGGAACCCGAGACCAAAGAUAAUCGAGAAGUUCUGAGUAAAUUUUCUGUUAUUUUACUAAACAUGGCAUCAUUUGGUCUCAAUUUUAUGACAUUGUUGUUAUCUGUAGAAGUGAUCCCAGCUCAAAUUCAGGCCUUGGUUGGAGAUGCUUCUAAAGGAAGUUGUUUUGGUGCUUUGGUUGCUGGUGGUUCAGCUGUGACGUUUUUUGUCAGCCCUAUAGUUGGUAUGAUUAGUGAUAGGUUGAGAUUAAAGAUGGGUAAAAGAAGACCAGUAAUGAUGAUUGGUACUAUAUUUAGUUGUUUAGGACUCAUUGGUAUGGCGUUUAGUGCUCCACAUGUUGACACUGAUAGUACCAGUGAUGCACAAGUCAACAACACGGAGUGUUACCGUGAUCUGGUGUAUGAAAGAUGUCAUGCCUAUUAUAAUGGCAGUGCACCAAGUUUUAUCCCUGAAAAGGGCAACCCAAAACCAGGCUCAGUAUUAUUAGUGUCUGAAACCAACAUCAACAAUCCACAACUUUUAAAUAAAUCAGGAAACUUAGCAUUAUACAUUGUGUUCUUUUUGUUAGUUAUAUUAUCACAAUCUACUAUUUCUGUAUGUUUUAAUGCCUUAGUGGCUGAUAAGUCACAUCCUUCACAACGAGGUUUUAGUUCUGGUGUAAUGGGAGCUAUGAUUUUAUUAGGCAACGUUUCUGGUGCUGCAGUUGGCCUAAGUUUUUCACAUAUAGGUGUACUUGGUAUCUAUGGCUGUAUUAUUGGUAUGUUAAUCAUAUCAGUAGCAGUUACUGUCAUAUCAACACCAGAAGCACCAGGCAAAGAAGAUAUACAUUCCCAUCCCUUAGAUUGUAAAUUGAUAUUUUGUGGUUUCUGGGAGCCAUUGAAAGAACAUGAUUUUAGAUGGGUGUUCUUUACUAGGUUUUUAAUGCAACAAGGUGUUUCAACGAUAACAGGGUUUUUAGAGUAUUGGUUAGACGACAUGGUUCAGUUACCAAAUUGUUGGACAGCAGCUACAUCUGUAGCGGUCAUGUUACUGCCUCUUUUCUUUGCUGCAGCCUUCAGUUCCGUUAUAUUUGGCGUACUGUCUGAUAGAAAGGGAAAGAGGAAAAUUUUUGUAACAGCCGGCGCAAUUCUAUUAGCAAUAGCAUCUCUUACUGAUACUUUUAUGACUGGAGAUUUUGGUUUCUAUGUAGCUGUUAUAAUGGCAUUUGUUUUCGGAAUAGGAUUUGGUGCUUUCACAAGUGUGGAUUUCGCCUUGGUCAUGGACGUUCUACCGGAUGAAAAGGACAAUGCAAAAGACUUGGCGGUCUGGCAUUUAGCCCUUAUCUUACCGCAAACUCUCGCCACCCCAAUCGGCGGAGUCAUCUUAGAUGUGUUCGAAAAAGUUAAUUGUGAAAUCGGACUUGGAUAUAUAAUUCUAUUCCUCGUAACAACCGUCUAUUUCAUUCUGAGCGGCUGCUUUGUGUUCAAAAUCCGAAAUGCCAAAUAA